UAUUGUUUUCGCGCGGAAUUACGGCGGGAAAGACAAAACACUUGUUGGAAAAUUUCCUACCAUGGCUGCAUUUACUAUUGAUCCACUGCUGAUGGCUGACCUGUCAGCAACCUGCAACAGCCUUGGGUACCUGGAUGAUGCAACUGGAAAAUAUCAGAAGGAGCCAGAGUGCAUUGAAUGUGUGAAGGAUCUGGUGAGAUUCUUGAGAAGAGAUGAUGAAAACCAUGAAAUCCGAAGAGCCCUUGGUGAAACUAAGGUGGUUGUGAAAGAUUUGAUCCCCAUUAUCAAACACCAUUCCAAUGAUACUGAAUUGUUGGAUGUCACCCUGAGACUCCUGGUAAAUUUGACCACUCCAGCACUGAUUCUCUAUGAAGAGGAGCUCCCUGGAGAGAGGGUCUCCCGUCGCUUCUACCUGGAGGUGAUCCAGUACCUGCAGUCAUACAAAGAGGCUUUCAGUGACAAGGUGUUCUGGUCUGUACUUGCUGCCAAGAUGACAUCACUUCUGGAGAAGGACUGGGAGCACAGGAUGGAGGACGACCGUCUCAUGAUCGAGCGCGUCCUCAUCCUGGUGAGGAACGUGCUCAACAUCCCGGCCAACCCGGCCGCUGAGAAGCGCACCGACGACGACGCCAGCGUACACGACCAGGUGCUCUGGGGAAUGCACCUGGCUGGUCUGGACGACAUCAUCCUAUUCAUCGCUCAGUCGGACGAUGAACAGCAUCUCUGCAUCCACAUCCUGGAGGUGGUGUCGCUGAUGCUGCGGGAGCAGGAUGCCAAGCAGCUAGCGCGCUCUGGCGCCGCCAGGAGCCACCAGGAGCGCGAGAAAGACAUCCAGGAGCUGGAGCAGCUCCGGCGGUUGGAGCAGGAGGCCAAGCGGAACCAGAUGCGCAAGCUCGCCAGCGUGCGGCACACGCGCUUCGGCGGCACGUUCACCGUCAAGAACAUCACCUCCAUCAGCGACCGCGACCUCAUCUACCAUCGCCCGCUGGCGCAAAUCAACGAGCUGUCGUUCGACAAGGAGAAGGUGCCGCGCAAAACGCCGAAGAACCGACAGCCGCUGGCUGACGGCGAGACGACGCGCCGCUCCAUGCUCACCAUCCGGCUGUUCCUCAAGCAGUUUUGCGCCGAACUGCUCACCGGCGCCUACAACAAGCUCAUGUACAACGUCAAGGAUGACCUGGCCAGAGCCAAGGCGCAGGCGCACGACGAGUCCUACUACAUGUGGGCAGUCAAGUUCUUCAUGGAGUUCAACCGACACCAUCACUUCCGCGUGGACAGAAUCAGUGAGACGCUGUCCGUCUCCAUGUUCCACUACAUCCAGACGCAGCUGGAGUCGCACCUGGAGAUGAUGACGGCCGAAAAGCGCAAAAUCAAGAUUUGGUCCAAGCGCGCCCAUCUUGCUCUGAGAGCCUACCAGGAGCUGCUCUUCACCAUCCAGCACAUGGACGCGAGCGCCGACGACGCGUGCCGCGAGGCGUCUCGCGUGCUUAAGUCCAACCUGUUCUACAUGCCCGAGUACCGCGAGCUGCUGUAUGUACUGCUCUGCCAGUACAACCCCGUCAAGAUGAGCCGGAAGUUUUUGACUGACCUGGUGGAAACCACUCACGUCUUCAUCAAGCUGCUGGAGAAGUUCUCCGGCGGCGGGCGGAUCGUCGUCAAGCAGAAGCGGAAGGCCAAGAAGAAGAGCCGCGGACGGCGGCCAGGCGGCGGGGCGGCGGACGGCGCGUCUCGACCGCCGCCGGCCGACCCCGAGCUCACCUGGGACGGACUCAGCGACGAGCUGUCGGCGGCGCUGCAGGGCGCCCGGCCGCUGCCCGAGGACGUGCUGCCGUUCGACGCUGCCAGCGAGGUGCCGCUGGAGCAGCAGAGGACGGAGGCCAUGCUGCGCAUUCAGGACCUGCUGCGGGCCGGCCAGCCGACCGGAGCCCUGGCAUUGAUCAGGGCCGCCAGGGAGGUGUGGCCGGCCGGGGACGUCUUCGGCGCGCCCGACAUCGCGCCCGAGGACGAGUUUCUGGCGCUGCGGGAGAUCCACUUCGCGCAGCUGCCAGCUGGCUGA